AUUGGUUUGAUCUUUUUUCACCAAACGAACAUUUAAUGGGCAGUGAGUUGAUGAGAUGGAUAAUAAGUGAAAUAUAUGCAGUUUGGAGGUUGCACAAUACAACUGCUUUAAGUGUGGAAGCUAAAACUAAUGCUAAUGAAAUACCCCCAGUACCUCCAGUAUUGUGGAAGCCAUGGGAACAUAUCUACUCAUUAUGCAAAGCAAUCAAAGGUCAUAUGCCAUUGUAUAAUAGCUAUGGAAAAUAUGUGGUAAAACUCUUCUGGAUGGGAUGUUGGAGAAAGAUCAUUGUGGAUGACAGUAUACCUUUCAGCGAAGACAAUUUCAUGCUGCUUCCAACCACAGCAUGUGAAAUUGAACUUUGGCCACUGAUAUUAUCCAAAGCCAUCAUUAAAUUAGCAAAUAAUGAUAUAAAUGAGGUUGGGAAAAGGGAACUAGGAGAAUUUACAGUUCUGCAUGCACUUACUGGAUGGAUACCAGAAAUUAUUCCUCUCCAAUCUGGAUAUUUGGAUAAACUUUGGGAAUUCAUAAGAGACAUUGUGCCAGAAUUUAAGUUACCAGAGGAAUCACUUCCUGAAUCCAGACAGUCACUUCAAGAUGCAAAAAAGGAUUUGAAAGCAUCUGACAUAAAAAAUGAUACUACGCCUAUUGUUAAACAACAAGAAAAACCAGAGAAAGCUGAGAAAGCUGGGAAAGAAAAGUCAGAUCAAAAAGAAGUUGGAAAGAAAAGAAGCAAAGAUGGUGAAAAGGAUAAACUUAAGCCAGCUUCUCAUUCUGCACGAAUGUCUGCUGACUUUCAAAGUUCUCUUCAGAUAUUUCUUGAUGGUUCUGCAACACCAUUGCAGCCGCAGUUGGUGGUGUAUGCUUGCUACAUGCCUCUUUAUGUACCUGAAAAAAAGAUCUUCAUAUUAGAGAAAAUGGCUGAUUCUUCUGAAAAGUUACGACAAUAUGGUCUUUCCCACAUCUAUAGCCAUCCUGCACUGAUAACUAGAACAAGGUCAGGUCCUUUAGUGGCUUCACCAAAACCACCACCUGUACCUCGGUGGAAACUUAUACGCCAGAAAAAGGAAACAAUUGUGACAGAUGAACCCCAAGAAAUUGUAAUUAAAAAACCCGAACAAUUUAUUGAGCUUGCUAGUCCUUUUCUGAACUUCAAAGUUCCUGCUAUACCUAUACCAAGAGACACCCACUUUCCACCAUCCACUUUUAAAAAGGGAUCUCUUCCAGCAUCCAGCCUUCCUUCUGUCACUGAAAGUGAUGAAAGCGUGUUUGACAGUUCUGGAGAUACGAAUCUCAGUUUAGAGGAAAACUCUCAGGAAUCCGGUGUAGUUCCACAACAUGUUGUUGAAGGAUCCACUAAAGGUGAAUCUACAGAAAAAGUAAGUAGUGAAGUAGUUCAGAUACCAGAAUCAGCAGACGCUGCUUUCAACAAUCAAUUAGUAAAUAAAUCUCUUGAAGAAAUUGAACUUGAAAAGAACAUGAUUUCCAAGGAAAUAUGGAUGGACUAUGAAGAUUUCUGUAUUUGCUUUCAGAAUUUAUAUGUUUUCCACAAACCAAAUACCUAUGCCUAUAACUAUCAGAAGUCAGAUUUUAGGAUGGUAGAUGAUCGAGUCUUGUAUUAUAUGUGCGUGGACAGCUUGAAGCCCACUGAUAUUCUAGUUAGCUUUUCUGCAUUAGUACAUUGGGGAGAAACUGGAGCACUUGUACAGAAAGAAAACCAAGUUGUUCCCAUGGGGUUUCUCAUGGUUGAAAGUUUCUCAUGGAAACAUUUAUCUCCAGGGCAGUUAAUCCUGAAGAUCCACACAUAUGCUACUAAAGCUGCUGUAAUAAGUCUGCCUGCUGGCCGCCACGUGUUGCUUUUUACUGCAAGUUCUCCCAUAGGACACAAUAUCCAUCUGUGUAGUAUGGUGCCAUGUGUAUUUGGCGAAGAGGAUAUAGUUCUACCAAAUCUUGAAAAGGAGAGCUAUCGUUUCAUGGAACAAGCUGCUGCUAUAAUGAAAGCCAUUGGAAAUGUAAUAAUUAAUUAUGGGAAUGCAGAAAAUCUUCCCAAAGCUAUAAAAGCCCUGGAAUUAACACAUUGCCCCCCUGGUCUUUAUGGCACAGGAAUAGCUAGAGAACAUUCUAAGGCUUUCAAUAAUGCUUUUUGGCAUCUGAUGAAACAAAUAUUAGGGAAUGUUCCUUCCAAUUAUGAAUUUGCUUACAGAAGUUUUACACUGGAUUUUAAGCUCAAUGAUGUUUCUGUUGAAGACACUGAAUCCUCAGAUGCAACAGAGGUAAGUGUUCCUCUUUGGCAGAAUAGAGAGUCUACUCCUGAAGAAGAGGAAGCUGCAGUUAAACUGCAAGCCAUCUGGAGAGGAACAUACAUCAGGCUACUGAUGAAUAGCAGAAAACCAGGCACAAAGGAGAAUGCUAAAGUCAAAGAAACACUUCAAAAGUUGUGGGCUGUAAUUGAUCCAAAUUUUGAACAAUGUUCUUUAAUGUUUUUGAGAGAUAUAUUUAAAAGUAAAUGUAAGUCAGUUGAAAAAUAUCGUUGCUAUGAAGAUGAAUGGACUAAGACAACUUUUGCUGAUUAUACUGUAACUUACGGGGAUCAACAAGCAAAUGUUUGGUUUGUAGUCUUCAGAGAAGUAUUUUACAUUCCGGAAGACAUGAUUAUUGUACCAAAAGUUUAUUCAACAGUGCCAACCUGUGUAUUGCAUGUUGUUGACAAUGACACAUUACAGGAAAUCCCUCGAGUCUUUCUCAGAGUUGCGCCCUAUCUUUAUACAAAGAACAAGAAAGGAUAUACUUUCAUGGCUGAAAUUCAGACUGGUGAAUCACCUGUGCCGGCUGGGAAAGUAAGGCUUCGGCUCAUAAGUUCUUACUCUCCCCUUCCAUUUCUCUCUCGUGAAGCUGUAAACAACGUGUUUGCUGUUAAAGAAGUUAAAGACUAUUAUUUACCAAAUGAUAAGCAUAUUAUAUUCAGAUAUUUAGUAAAAGUUACGAUACCACUUAUUGCUACUGUGCAGGUACAGACUUCUAAAUCGGAUACUAUAAUUAAACUACAACUUCUGGAUUCUGAAGAAGAAAUGGCGAGCUCUACUGGGAAGGGUCAUGUUAUCAUUCCUGCAUUUCAUUUCAUAUCUUCUGAAAGGCCUUUAAGUAGUCUAUCAACAUCAAGUAAAGGUGGUGUAGUGCAAAGCACACCCAAAAAAGAAGCUGAAGUUGUAGCCCCAAAGAAGAAAGGUACAGUAACAACUCAGAAGACCGUUAAGUCUUCGUCCAAGGCAUCACAGGAAGGCUCAGCUUCAACAGAAGAAGAUAUUCCUGCUCUUCCUACCAUUGAUGAAAAUUUGCUUCAACAGACCCACAAAUAUAUUAUACAAGCUUCGGUGUUAUAUAAUAGUUGGCCACUUACUGAAAGUCAAAUUGUAUUUGUUCAGGCACUAAAAGAAUUAGAAAAAAAUGAAAUCAAAGGUAAGUCACUGUGUUAGGUAUUUAUUGAUGAAAAGUGUCAUAGCGAUUAAAAUUAAUUCUUAAUAUGCUGUAUUAAUCCAUUUAUUUCCAAUAUAUCACCACUUUCCAGUGUGACUCUUGGUAGUUUACAUAAGAGCAAUAAAAACACAGCUAACAAUGAAUAAAAACAGUAAAACAAAUAAACCACUUUAAAUAACAAUGAAUGAUAUCCUAUCAUCCAGUCAUAAUAAAAAAUCAAACGCUCCAAAGUGAUGGAAUUCCUGAAGAAAUACUGCCCCAUCUCUUUUACCUCUUAAAUGAGGGAGUGUCAGCUCAUUUAAAGUGUCUAGCAGUUAAAGCAUCCAUUCUCAGAAUGACCACAUUUUGUAAAUUAUAUGGGUAAGCUUAUGAUAGUAUUAAGAGUGCAAGGAAAAUGGACAUGGAAGAAAAGGAAAGAAGUAAAAGCACAAGUCCUAAACAAAAUCAUACGAAAAUAUAAAUUAAUCUCUUA